UCUUGGAACGUUUUGUAGGCAGUUUGCUCGCUACGGGGCUCUUUCUAGUAUCGCUGCUAUUUCCUGCUGGGACAGAAGGAUUCCAGAGGUCUCGCCUUCGCUUCCCCCGCCACCUCGCUUUCGCUUGCUCUGCGCCGGCGGGGAGAAUUUCCUCUUCACUCGCUUCCCCCUUUUGGAAGGACCCCCUGAUCGGCAUUUCUUGGGCUUGGGGGGGGGGGUUGAGAAGAAGCAUCGCGCCCCUCAAUCCCGCCUGCCCAUCUCCCGGCGGCUGAGCUCCAGGGUCUUCUCCUCCUGCCCCCUCCCCGGGCAUGCUUGGCUGGGCAGGAGGGUAAGGGGGCUUUCCUUUCUUCAGCGCUGCUGACCCCCUCCGCCCGCCCCAGGCGAGGAGCUUUCACCGGCGCCGGAAAGCCGCGCGGUUCCGCUGGCGGAGGGGGGGGGGACGGGACGAAGGAGCGCCGGUAAGAGGAUUUCUCUCUGGUCUGGAUUGCAUUGCGGCGGUUGUUCCGAAGGUGGGGGAGAGGAUCCUGCUUCCCCCUCACGCCCUGCCGGAUCUUAGUUUCGAUCCACUUGCGGGCAACCGAGAGCCGGCGCUGGGCUGGAAGGGAUGUGAUACCUUGAGGUCUAGGAUGCUGGCGGCCUCUUUUUAAAAAGCCGGAGAGAACAGCAGUUUUGCGAAGACGACGGCGAGGAAGCAGCCGCUUCUCCCCUCAAGAACCUUGAUUUUCGGGUCCGGUUUGCCCCCCUCUCUCUUUCCCUUCGGGAUUGUGCCGCACCGCAGCAUCUUCCAAGCUGGAGCGCCAUGGAGCUGGAGAACAUUGUAGCCAAUACAGUUUUACUGAAAGCCAGAGAAGGAGGUGGAGGGAAACGAAAAGGAAGGAGCAAGAAAUGGAGAGAGAUCCUCAAGUUCCCGCACAUCAGCCAAUGCGAUGAGCUCCGGAAAGGGUUGGAACGAGAUUACAACAGUUUGUGUGACAAGCAACCCAUCGGUCGACUGCUAUUUCGACAGUUUUGUGAGACUCGGCUGGAACUUCUACGGUGUAUCCACUUCCUGGAUGCUGUGGCAGAAUUUGAGCUUUCUCCAGAUGAGAAACGCAAGGAAAUGGGAGAAGAAGUCAUUCAGCAGUUUUUCAACAAGGAGUCCCUGGGCUAUAUGGCAGAAAUUUGUGAACUACUUAUGAACCAGUGCAUAGAAGACCUACAGAGAAGCCCUUGCAAGGACCUCUUUGGCAGCUGUGUACAGCGGCUGCAUGAAUACCUGAGUGGUGCCCCUUUCACAAAUUACCAGGACAGCAUGUAUUUUGACAGAUUCCUCCAGUGGAAAUACCUGGAGAGGCAAUCCGUGACCAAAGACACCUUCAGGCAAUACCGGAUCCUAGGCAAGGGAGGCUUCGGAGAGGUUUGUGCAUGCCAAGUACGUGCUACAGGGAAGAUGUACGCUUGCAAAAAGCUGGAGAAGAAGCGCAUCAAGAAGCGGAAAGGGGAAGCGAUGGCUCUGAACGAGAAACAGAUCUUGGAGAAGGUCAAUAGCCGAUUUGUGGUCAGUUUGGCUUAUGCGUAUGAAACCAAGGAUGCUCUGUGCCUGGUCCUCACAAUCAUGAAUGGAGGUGACCUGAAGUUUCACAUCUACAACAUGGGCAACCCGGGUUUUGACAAUGAGCGGGUCAUCUUCUACGCUGCAGAGAUUUGCUGUGGCCUUGAACAUUUGCACCGGGAGGGCAUUGUUUACAGGGACUUAAAGCCAGAGAACAUUCUCCUGGAUGAUGAUGGGCAUAUACGGAUCUCAGAUCUGGGGCUGGCCAUUAAGAUCCCCGAAGGUGACACCAUCCGUGGCCGUGUAGGAACUGUGGGCUAUAUGGCUCCUGAAGUAAUUAAUAAUGAACGCUACUCCUUCAGCCCAGACUGGUGGGGGCUUGGCUGCCUCAUCUAUGAGAUGAUCGAGGGCCAAUCACCAUUCCGGGCCCGCAAGGAACGGGUGAAGAGGGAAGAGGUAGAAAAGCGGGUUCAGGAGGACCAUGAACAGUAUUCAGACAAGUUCUCUGAAGAUGCCCAAGCCAUCUGCAAGUUGCUCCUAACUAAAGACCCUAAGCAGAGGCUCGGAAACAAAAGUGAGGGGGCCGUCCAGGUGAAGCAGCAUCCAUUCUUCAGGACAAUCAAUUUCAAGCGACUGGAAGCUGGGAUUAUGAAGCCCUCAUUUGUGCCAGAUCCUCGGGCUGUGUACUGUAAGGACGUACUGGACAUUGAACAAUUCUCCACUGUGAAGGGUGUCAACUUAGACCAAACCGACAAUGACUUCUAUGCCAAAUUUGCCACAGGCUGUGUCUCAAUCCCCUGGCAGAACGAGAUGAUCGAGACAGAAUGCUUUAAGGAUCUCAACAUCUUUGGACCAAAUGGCACCCGAUCCCCGGAUCUGGACUGGAAGCAGCUCCCUGACCCACCCAAGCGUAGCCUCUUGCAGAGGCUCUUCCGGCGUAACCCAAGUGACUUCACCAUCAGCACCAACGUACAUUCCAACCUGUCAGCAGCCCCUUCACCAGCUUGGCCCAUGGCACAGGCUCCCUCCUGACCUCUGGAACUAGCACUCAUCCUUUGCCUUCUCAGGGUUGCCUUAGGCUGAUAUAUGGAAGUCCCUGUCUUGGGCCAGGCUCUGUUACUGCUGGGAGCUGAAGGAACACAGCCUUCCAAUCGGCAGGGCAGCAAUGGUCCAGAAGACCUUUGCCACCUCCUGGUGCUGAUGUGGAUUGGGGGCAUGGAGACUCUUCUUGUCCAGAACCUUGGCUGCUGCUUAUUGACAGGGUCUUCCUUCAACUUUCUGUACUUUGACUGCAUAGGGAGCAUCCAUGGCUCUCCCCCAUUUCCUUUAUCUCAUCACCUCCUGACCCAACUUUCAUGGGAGAUCAAGUGGGGAGAUGUACCUGAGAAGGAAGAAUUUAAAAACAGAAAGAACUACCAAUGACACCUGGAGAUGGCAGAGAUGAAGGCUGGAGUCUUAAACUGGAGAGAAAAAGCUUGGACAAAAUUGCAAUGGGGAUGAGAAAGACUCCCCACUCUUGCACUGGCAUUUCCAGAGACUGGUGGAUAAGUGUGUGUUGGUUUGUGCGUGGAUGUAUAUUGAACGGUUAGCUCCUUGGAGUUCAUUCAGGGUUUUUCCAGGGAUCUCUCCCACCCACACUAUCAAUUCUACAGCCUGGGGCAAAGCCAGAAUGUGGAAGACAAAGAAAGUUGAAGAGCAAUUGGUUGUCUUUCUUUUAGGACAUCAUUUCUUGGCUGGUCAUCCUCUAGCUGUGCUGGACUGUCCAGCACCUCUCAUCCCUUAGCAAUACAGCCUUUAGACCAGAUUGUUGGGCGGGGUCAACUGGAAUCCAGGACAUGUGGAAAUCCCCAGAUGCAGAAUGCUGCUUUAGAGGCUCUCAACAGGAAAAGACAGAGAGGUGAGAUGGAUGACAUCUCAGCCUGCAUAAAGGCUUCAGUGUUCCCAAACCCUGACUUUAACCUCAACCUGCAGUGUUGAAGAUAUAUUUUUUAAAUCCUACAUAUUUUAAUUUUUAUUACAAUUGUUUCCAUAGGCCUGCUAUUCAUUUAUUUUAUUUCCUUUCCUUUCUGUCUCUGUAUUUCCCCCAUUCUCACUUGACCUUUCCUUUUUCUCUUUAUGCCACCCAGCCUAGUUGGUUCCUGUUGUGUUAAAGCAGAUGCAGGGUCUACCCUGAUUGUUAUCAUAUGCUCAAGUACGAUGGAACCAGGCAAUUUCAUCCCAUUGGUUCCAAAAACUCCAACAUCCAAAUGGGAUGAUAGUGAAAAGACCGACUGCAGGUGGACAAUUGUCUUCUAAAACCCUCCUCUACAUUGGAAAAUAAAAACCUCUCUGUAAGUAGAAAAGCAGAAUAAGACUGGGUUAAAGUUUUAACCCAUAAUAUUCUGGAUUUCUACUUUCAAAGAGAGUCUUCUCACCCACCCUGCCCCAAGCACAAGGCUCAAGUGCAUUGGGUCUAUUUUAAUUUUUGCCCUAGGCUUGGGCAGGACUAAUACAAAAGUAAAUGAAGCCAACCAAUUGGAGCCAAAGGCUUAGCAAAAUAAAGAACAGGGUGAUUUUAGAAAAAGAAUGGAAUUUGAGGUCACAGUAUUGUCUUGACUUUUGAUUACCCUAAUGCAGUGGCCCUCAACCUUUUGGGCACCAGGAACUGGUUCCGUGGAGAGAGGUUUUUCUGUGGACCAGAGGGAGUGUGGUUUCGUGUGCUGCCUGCAUCCUGUGGAUGGGGCUUCGCUUGUUUGCAUGGCCUGGUUUCUGGCAUACCACGGCCCAGUGUUGGUCCAUGGACCGGGGGUUGAGGGACCCCUGCCCUAAUGUGCUUCAUUUCAGGAAAAAAGGAUCAUUUUGUUGCUGCUAUUGCUAAAUAAGUGGAAAUCCCUGUUGCUUCUUUUCUUUGAAAAUGAUAGCAAUGAUGAUGCAGAGAGAAAUGCACAGGGAGAGCAUUUCUCCCUAGGCUUAGAGAAGAAGUAAGAGAAGGGGGAAAGGACAAGUGUGGAGAGGGCAGGGAAGACUCACCCUAGGAAACUUUGUUCCCAAAUUUCUCCAAACCCAAACAGGAAACAGGGCUCUGGAGUUGUGUUGAGGAACAGUGUGGAAGUUAUGAUGCUUAUAGCUCUCAGAGGCUGGUGGAGCACAACUCUCAGCAUCUCUUACCUUAGCCCUUCCUAGGUGGCCCUGGUGGAAAUGGUCAUUUAACAACUUCUGGACGGCUAUAGAUUUUCUACUUCUAAACAGGGCUAGGUUUUCUUUAGCUUCUAAUAUACCUACUUUAGUGCUCCAGUUUGACUCUGUUUCCCACCUUCACUUCUCUUCCAUUUGUUUUUAUGAUCAUAGGAAGCUCUAAAGCAGGGGUCUCCAACCUUGGCAACUUUAAGACUUGUGGACUUCAACUCCCAGGAUUCCUCAGCCAGUUUAAGUUGCCAAGGCUGGAGAUCCCUGCUCUAAAGGAUAGGAUAAUAGAUCUACGGACAAAGCUGCUGCUUUCCCUUCAGGCUGCCAGUGUGUGAUGCUCUUCCACUGAUUUCUGUGGCUCAGGCUGAGACUGGAACAAUGCAUCCGUUCUAAGAUAACUAUAAGGAGCUUCCCAAAUUCUGAGGUUUCCCCUCCAAUGCCAUCACACGUUGCAAAGGUCAGGGGAAGAUAGAUCUAUUUUUACUCAGAAUUCCUUCUCUAUCUUAUCGCUUGGCUGUUGCGUGACCUGCUGAGGGAAAGGCUUGCUCUCAGCCUGGUGCUUUAUUUUUUAAAUAGGCAGAGACAUCCUUGGUAUAGGAAGGACUUUCUGGGUGAAAUAUCAGAGAAAUGCGGUAAGCUGGUUUCUCAGCAGUCAGACUUCAAUAUGGGAAAUGCCCUCUGAUCCUCCAGCGGCAGGUGUGAAAAUUUGGGCUUACCCUUGACUAGCUGAACCCCAAUGAACAGCCUGACCCAAGCAGUGAAGCUCGUCUGUUCAUUAAAUCCCAAGUUUUAGCAAGCCCCAUCUAGAGAAUUUGAUUUCCUUAAGGCUCAACUCCUUAAGGAUGACUAAAGACCAGAGGCUGUCUUUGAGGCCAGAGAGAGAGGGGAGAAGUUGGGGCCUUCCUCUUGUGCAAAUGACACCAUGCUGAUAUUUUGGAUGGAUGCCUGACUUUUAAUAACUGUAUGGUAGGCAAAGGGUCCACUGGUAGAACCAGAAAGAAAUUGCAGUCUUUCUCUGUGGGUGUGAUUGUUUAAAAACUGGAUCAUGGUCAAGGAAAUGGAGACUUCUCUUAAUGCCCAAGGUAAACAACUGAACUUCCUGAGCUGUUGGCAUUUUUCCACUCCGUUACUUUUGCUUUUUUGGAAUCUCAGUUCCUUCUCUAACUUCAGUUGCCCCUCCCUAAAUUUGUAGCAUGGAGAUUUGUUUUAAAACAAAAACAAUCCAAGUUAGUGGGAAAAGUAAAUAGGCAUGAAAUCCUGGUACAGGGUCCACAUACCCGCUUUGCAUCUUUGCUCUGCCCACUAGGACCCUUCCAAAAACAUAAGUGUCCCCUGAAAGUUGCCUGUUUUUUUUCCAGGAGCCUGUCUAAUGCCACUUCACUAUAAGUUCAAACAAGAGAUGUUUGCAAAGAGAAGAAACCACACAGGUGGCUGUGUGGCUUUGCAUAGGGAAAACACAUGGCAGCAAACAGGCAGCCAAGCUUCCUUCCCACCUUCCAUUUCUGUGCGAAAACUGACUCUCCAUCUGUGGAUUAUUCCACAAAGCUGCCUGCAUUAGCAUUAGAACACAAAUGUAGAGUGGGGAUCCCAGGGUUUCUUUUUCUUAAUAUAUAAUUCAACUCCAGAAAUUAAGUGAUUCCUUCCUCCCCUGACCAAUUUUCCAUGUGGGCUGAUGGAUCCUUAGUUGCCUCCUGAAAGAGAUUGGAUUGGCUUCUUAGGAGGAUUGUGUGAACCAAUCCAAAGAAGGUCCAAGCUGAAGAGGUUGACCCUACUUUUCUAAGAAUAAAUGGAUUUGGAUUGCUUUGACUUUCAAGAACAGAGGUUCUAGAAAGGACCUCCUGCUCUAAUAUUAACAGAUCAGGCAGAAAAUGAUUCAUGUUGCUAUAAAGAGCUAUGGGCAGAUUUCAUGCCAGAUUGGGUAUGAAUUGAUACUAGAAGAUAUGCAUAUUUCCACAUGAACGAAGACCAGUCCAAAUCCAGCAUCUUUGAGCAGACGUGAUGACCUAGCCAUGCCUGCUCCCCUUCUUAAAGACGCAAAAGAUUCCAUUGCACAAAUGGUUUUGUACAAGCAGUCCUCAACUUAUAACCACAACUUGCUAAGCAAGGUGGUUGUUGAAUGAGUCAUUGCCCAAUUGUAUAGCCUUCUGUGCCCCAGUUCUUAAGCAAACCUGGCUUCCCUUAUUGAAUUUAGUCAUUCGAAGCUGGCUGGGAAGGUCCCAAGUAGCGAUCAUGUGACCCGAAGAUGCUACAACUGUCAUAAAUAUAGGCUGGUUGCCGAGCGCCUGAAUUUUGAUCAGGUGACCAUGGGAUGUUGCCACUAUUCUAAGUAUGAGAACCAGUUGUAAGUUACUUUUUUCAGCGCUGUUGUAACUUUGAACAGUUGCUAAACGGAUAUAAGUAGAGGACUACCUAUAGGAUUUCCAUUGCCGUCUAAUAGAAGGAAAGGCUAUCUCAGGAGUAACAGAAUUGGAAAGGACCUUGGAGGUCUUCUAGUCCAACCCCCUGCUCAGGUAGGAAACUCUAUACUAUUUCAGACAAAUGGUUGUCCAAUUUCUUCUUAAAAUCUCCAGUGUUGGAUCAUCCACAACUUCUGGAGGCAAGUUGUUCCACUGAUUCAUCAUUCUCACUGCCAGGAAAUUUUUCCUUAGUUCUAGGUUGCUUCUCUCCUUGAUUAGUUUCCAUUCAUUGCUUCUUGUCCUGCCUUCAGGUGCUUUGGAGAACAGCUUGAUCCCCUCUUUUUUUGUGGCAACUUCAUUAAUGCCAACCUGACCCAUUGUGCAAGAUUUUGGAGAUCCUGUUAAUUGAAAUAGUAGCCUCUCUUGACAUAUUGAUUCCUAGUAGUCGUCCAAAAAUUUAACUGAUAGAAAGGGAAUUGAUUCUAUAGAUGGGUCAUCCAAUGAACAGUGUUUAUAUCAUUUCAUGUUAAUUCAGUCUAUAAAAUCAAUUACAGGUUGAGUGGGGCUUGGUCCAAAAUAGGUGAGCUGUUGUUGGGCUGUAAUUGGCCAAUGGUCACAUAUUGUGAGCCCUCUGCUAAACCUCUCUUGGCUCAAUCCCCAUCACAUACUUUAUUGCAGACCUCUUUCUCAUGUACACAUACCUACAGAGCUAUGGGUGGGAAAAAAAUACAACUUUCAGCCAAAAUCAGGAGGAGAGGGAGAGAGGAAAAUUGUGAAAUUGUGAUUGCACCUCACGCUAAGCCAUAACAUGGCUUGCUGGCUUAGAGUUUAGUGUAAUGUGUGUUUACAGGCGGGUGUAGCUUAUUGGAAAAGUUGUGGUUGUACAAUGGUCUGGUGUGAUGGGUGAACCUCAUCUAGGUGAGAACCUCCAAAUGAACCAAAUAGGAAGAAACGUGAACAGACUAUGAGCAGAAUAUGAAGGAAUCGUUGCCUUCUCAGUCUGAGAAGAACAAAAGGAGGAAGUAUUCUGUGGCUCUAGUGAUCCCCUUGACCUCAGACCCUUACACUUUUUUUGUAUUUCCCUUUUCUUUGUACAUCCGUGUUGUUGGGGCUGGUCUAUUGUUGGCUUUUUAUUUCUUUCUCUUUUUUUACACCGCUCGUUUCUGAUUCUGGAGCAUUUGGGCUGACUUCUCGGGUUUUUAUUUUGUACAUUUGUAAAUAUUUGUAUGUUGAAUGUUUGGAUGUACAUUUUUAAACUUGAAAAAGCUGCAAGCCAAGCCAUGUUUGGAAAGGUGCCCCUAAUGCAUCGGGUUUUUUUUUUUUUUAAAUUGGGAAUAUGGAGGGAGGUGGGAGGAGAGAAAUGAAUCUAAACUUCUUAUAUUAUAAAGUCCCUGUUCCAGUCAAAUGAAGCCAGAGCGGAGAGGGGGAAAAUUAUCUCAGUGAGUCAACUGGGAUUUCCGUUCCUCCCGAUUUUAAAAUUUCAUAUGGUAUAUAUGUACUACGGUUGCUGUUUUUUCUUGUUACUUAUUCCCAGGGCUGUGUGUAAUCUGCACUGAAUAAACAUAUACACCAAAUCUCCACCAAAAA